GAGACGGGGGAGGUCGGUAAAAUGGCGCAGGGGGCGGAGUGAGGCGCAGUCGUUCCCCCAGGCUUCGGCCCAGCUUCUGGAGACAUGACGUGUUCACUGAUGCCCUCUGAACAGUCUUCUGGUACCUCUCUCUUGCCUAAAGAGAAUGCCUCAUUUUCUUGGGGGUCCUUGGAUGAGGAAGAAUUGGACGAUUCCUUGCUGGACCUGUCUGAUGGAGAAGAAGAUGAUGGCCAUUUCAGUUACACAGAAGAGGAGAUUCAGGAGAUCCUGAAGGAUGAUGCUGUAUCAAAUGAACACUUUUCUUGGGGAAGAGGGUUGCUUAAAAAUGAUGACACGCAUAUUGAGAAGGAAGAGAAAAAGAGUGAAAUUCUACCUGGUGCCUCCCAAGCGAAAAACUCAUUGUGCACCUUGGAACCAGUAGCUGAAACCUUUGGCCUCUUCAAACUACCUCAACUAAUAGGUACAUCACUUGGUCAUGGACCAACUCCUAUUAAACCAUUAAACAGACGCUUUGCACUAGAAAAAGAUGUCAUAAAAAUAACUGUUGCACCAUUUGAUCCAACAGUUUAUGAUGCUGAGCCUGAUAAAGACAAGACUGAUUCACCCAGAGACACCAAAAAACCCUCCUUCCCUGGGGAAGAAUCAAAGGACGAUGGUCUUAACCCAAAUGAGAGCAAACUUUGCACUGAAUCUGAUGGCGCUAGCCUCACUAACUCUACCUGGGAUGGGCCCCUAGUACCUUCUCCUUCAAACAGUAACUCUCGGGAAAUUGUCCCUGAUCAAAAUAUGACGGACAGUAAGGAACCUACAUCUGUACUCUCUCAGGCCGUGGACUACUCAGAGUCAUCCUGGAGAAAUGGUGAAUCAUAUAAAUCAAGUUUUGAGAAAACAACUCAGGAUAUUUUUGACAAGGAUGUUGAGAAGAUGAAAGUCCGUAAGAAAAGGCUAGGAAAAGUCCUUCCCAUCCAGAAAACCCAAACAAGGACUAAUGUUCCAAACGUUUCACAAUCCGAUCUAGAGCAAAAGAAGGAAAUUUAUCUCAGGAGUGUUGUUGCUCAUAUAGAAGACCCUGAGGAUUCUAACCAAGGUGCCUUGGGGGAGCUACGUGCCUUGAUGGGCCAAGUACAUCAGAAGCCAACCCCAAACUGGAAGCAUCCUUCAGACCUUACCGAGCGAAACUACGCCCAGUUACGACAGAAAUCACAGCGAUACAGUCUGACACAGUGGGUGGACAGAAACAAAGGAAACCACCAUCGGUUCCAGCAUCUCACAGGGUUCCCAUAUGGGCCACUUGUCACAUCCCAUCAGCAGUGAAGGUCACUACCCAGAGCAGCAUCUCAUUGUCUUUUGCUGUUUUUUUUUUUAAACAUUUUAUUAGGGGCUCAUACAACUGUUAUCCCA